GACGUAACUGGGUGAAUGCGGGGUUUGUAGGAGCUGGUCAAGGGAGCAGAGACAAAUAUAUUAUUAAAAUAGUGUAGAGCGUAUGAUAUGGGAAGGAUUUGCAGACUCCAAACACAAAUUGCCCAGUCACUCCUUUCUCCAGGAUAUGAAUUUAUUGUGGAAGAAUAUUUGAAGAAGGUACACAGACAGGAAUCUACAACCAUCACGUAAGAAUCUGACGCAAUUGGUGGAUUCAUCAGAUACUGGGUAUCAUUGGCCUUUAAGUAGUGGUGGCUGGUGAGCCGCCUUCUCGGUCCGUUGCAAUCCGUGCGAUGCAGGCACACCCGCACUGUUGAUCAGAAGGGAAACUUAAUCUAACUGAGCCUGCCAUUGGUUUCCAAAUCAUCUGGCAGCCGUAUGACAUUUGCUCUGGUCCAGAUCUGAAAAGCUCAACAGGAAAAUGCACAGUCGAUGAGAAAAACAUGGAAAGUGGCAACUUGUACCUGCCCCGAGGUUUGAACAGCCUCACAAUAUAAUCUGUUGUGCUCGGAUUCUAAUGCUAACUCAGCUUUUCAGAUAGAUGGCUUUCAAUGAGCCGCUUAUUCUACAAAACAAGCAAGCUAACUUGGCAGUAAUUGUGAUCUUGUCCCGAAGAAGAUGUGGUCUCUCUGGAUGCAUCAUUUAUUACUUGCUGUCCAUGGCAGUGGCAGAUCUUCUAGUAAUAGUCACGGCUGUGAUACUAAACCGGAUGACUGGGAUCUUUUCACCUUUUAGUUUCCUAUCUAUCACACCAGUAUGCAGUGUGCGUACUGCAAUAAACUUUGCAGUUGUCGACAGUUCAGCCUGGUUAACAGUCACUUUCACGUUUGAUCGAUUUGUGGCCAUUUCUUGUCAGAAACUGAAAGUAAAAUAUUGCACAGAGAAUGUGGCUAUAGCAGUUAUAGGUAUAGUUUCCACAUUGUCCUCCCUAAAAAGUAUCUUCAUAUAUUUUGCAUUUGAACCUGUCUACAUAAUGAACAAGAUACCCUGGCUCUGCACCGUAAAAGAUAUAUUUUAUACAUCUCCUGCAUGGACAGCAUAUGACUGGUUUCGCUGCAUUUUAAACCCUCUGCUCCCAUUCUUCCUUAUUUUACUGCUCAAUGCUCUGACUGUCAGACACAUUCUAGCAGCUAAUAGAGCCCGUAGGAGACUCAGGACCCAGAAGAAUGGCGAGAAUCAGAGUGACCCAGAGAUGGAGAAACGGAAAAAGUCCAUUGUUUUACUUUUUGCAAUCUCAGGCAGUUUUAUUCUGUUAAAUUUAUUAUUUUUUGUCACGAUCUUCAAUAUCCGAAUUGGGAAUGCUACUUAUCACUCAGGCUCUGCCAACAGUAAUUCCACAUUUACACUUCAAGAAGGCGGAUAUAUGCUUCAAAUAUUGAGUUCCUGCAUCAAUCCGUUUAUUUAUGCUGGGACCCAGAGUAAAUUCAGAACUGAGUUAAAGAAGGGGAUUAAAUAUCCGUUAAGCCUACUGAUCAAUUUAAGACAGAUCUGAAUCUGGAAAAUCCAAGAAGAAUUAUUUAAAUGCUUAUUAUUCUUGCAGAACAUGCAAAUGUUGCUAAAAACUGGAACAACCCCUGAUCAAGUCCCCUUCUCAGUCCAGAUUCUGUCUAUGCCGAUGCCCUGAAUUGACUCCUGACAGUCCUUACGUGGAUACCCACAAUUGGUUGAAACGGUUCUUGAUGCUCAAUCAACCCCGCUGCAAUAUUUACAAUUCCGGCCCUUUCAAUGACUCCAGAAUCAUGACCUUAGUCUGAAAUUCAUCAUGUUUGUGUUCUCCCACAGAUUGUGAGAUGACUUAACUGUCUCUGUGAUUGUAACACUUUUCCACUAACGAUAGGCUGCUGACAAAGUUAAGAGCAUUUUCGCCAGUUUUAGUAGUGGGUGUUUUAUGUACACCCUAUGACAUUGCUUUCCCUUUUUCUAUGGGGACUAUCAUUUUCACACACAGGAAAACGCACAGAGACGGGGUGGCGGGAGGCGAGAGACAAUAAUCAGCAAUGACAUGGACUGUACAACUUUUCUCAACUUCCACUGAUCGAUAUGAAUAAUGUUUUGGUCAUUUGUUUGAGCCAGAGCAAAUUUCUUGUGUAAACGAAAUUUAAUAGACGCGGAAAAAAGCACAAAACUGAGCAAACUACACAAAGAUCGAAUAGUGCAGUCUUAUUGAACUCGAGCUGCUUCUUUUCCAGACGUACAGCUUGCGUGUAAAACAUAGUCUGACCAAUGAUUUAUCAUUAGAUUUAUAAAAUAGCAAAGAAUAUUUGGAGGCUAUGAAAAUGUUGGUGCGUAUAUCAGCCAUAUUACCUCCAACAAUUUCGAUUUCCUUGUCUUCCUCGUUAAUUAUUCAUUUUCUUGAGCAGCGUUCAAGGCUUGGUCAAUAGUCAGGCCAUGUGACGAUGGCAGAUUUCCUUCCACAGAGAAAUUAGUUACAUAGCUGAGCGAGUUUGUUGCUUCCAGGACAAACAGCAUUAGUUGUAUAGUCGCUGCUCGCUAGUUUUUUUUUUCAUUUGGGCC